AUGGACGGCACCCAGCGCAAACUCAUGGCUGAGGCUGGCUUUGUCAACGUUGUAGAAAAGACGUACCAAGUGCCAUGUGGUACCUGGAGUAGCGACCGAAGGCUGAAGACGAUUGGCGCAUACAGCCUAGCAUUUAUGGGCGAGAGCUUAGAAGGCUUUGCCUUGUUCACGCUACGCGAAAUAAUGAAAUGGGAAUACGAGGAGGUCCAACUGUUCGUCAUGGAGAUGCGCAAGGCUGUCCGAGACAUCAAGAUCCGGCCAUACUAUCUCACGACUAACGUUUUCGGACAGAAGCCCUAG